AUGGCUCUGAAAAACGUAUUUCGACUUACCCAGAGGGCUGGGCGGCCAGAAGAUGCUGCAGAUGCCGCCAGCACAUCCAUCUCCAUCAGCCCUGCGGAGGAGUUGCGAUCGUUCCAAAGGCAACACAAGUGGGAUCCCUUUCUUGACAAUGAGAAGCUCGACACUAUCGAGAGCGCAAUUCAGUCGGACAAUGUCGAAAAACAGGAAAAGGUUGACGGUGCUCUCAUCCAAGAAAAUUCCCCAUAUGUCGAAGUUAGAGCAGCUGUCCCGCCUACCGAUGACCCAGACAUGCCCGUCAAUACCAUUAGGGCCUGGUUUCUCGGAACUGUUCUUUGCACGAUAGUUGCAGCUUGCAACGUGCUGUUGUCAAUGCACCGAACUUCUGCCAACAUUUCGUCAACAGUAGUGCAGCUGAUUGCGUAUCCACUCGGCGUCGGCAUGGCAAAGGUCCUGCCCAACAAGGAACACAACAUCAUGGGCCUUCGUUUCAACUUGAACCCAGGACCCUUUAAUGUCAAGGAACAUACAAUAAUUACAAUCAUGACCGCUGCUGGCACAGCCUUCAGUUAUGCUAUUGACAUUCUGCUGGCCCAGGAAGUUUUCUAUAACCAGCACUUCCAAUGGGGUUUCCAGAUUUUGCUCAUCAUAUCCACUCAAGCCAUGGGCUUCGGAAUUGCUGGAGUUGCUCGUCGGUUCCUUGUUUGGCCGUCAUCUAUGCUCUGGCCAGCUAACUUGGUGACCUGCACAAUCAUGUAUUCCCUUCACAAACACGUUCCUGCUGAUCCAGCAGAAACACACGGUUGGGCCAUCUCCCGAUACAAGUUUUUCCUCAUAGUUUCCCUCUCAGCCUUUGUGUAUCACUGGAUUCCCGAGGUGUUUGCGCAGUUUUUGCAAUUCUUUACCUUUGCGUGUUGGAUUGCGCCGAACAACGUCGUCGUCAAUCAGCUGUUCGGAGGCUUCACUGGUCUUGGCAUGAUUCCGAUUACAUUCGACUGGAUGGUUGUUUCUUCGUGGCUGAACAGUCCUCUUCAGAGUCCAUUAUUUGCGAUUUUAAAUAUGGGCUUCGGUUUCUUUAUAUGCAUGAUUGGAGCUAUCGGUCUGGCUUACGCGGGACCAGAAUUCUACAAGUAUCUACCGCUCUCAGCAAAUAAGAACUGGGAUAGAUUCGCAAAGCCAUACAACACAUCUCGUAUCUUAACUCCACAGUACACCGUCAAUGAGACCGCCUAUGAGCAAUACUCGCCCAUCCUUCUGGGAGCUACUUUCUCACUCAGCUACGCCAUGUCGUUUGCUACCUUGAUAUCAACCCUUACACACUGCGCUUUAUUUUACGGACCUGACAUUUGGCGCCGGUGCCGCAACGCCAAGUCCGAGGAACCUGACGUGCAUCUUAAGCUCAUGCGUCGCUAUAAAGAAGCACCUGAGUGGUGGUUUGCGGUCAUUUUUGUGCUGAGCUUCGUCUUUGGUAUGCUGGCUUCUCAACUUUGGGAAACCCAUCUACCUUGGUGGGCGUACAUUGUGUGUAUCUUAAUCGCCAUUGUGUUCUUCAUCCCAAUCGGAAUGAUCCAGGCUAUUACGAACCAGCAGCCAGGGUUGAACGUUAUCACCGAGAUGAUUUUCGGCUACAUGCUUCCCGGGCGACCAGUCGCAAUGAUGCUUUUCAAGAGCUGGGGUUACAUGACUUGUUUUAACGGCCUCAAUUAUGUGUCUGACAUGAAGAUUGGGCAUUACAUGAAGGUUCCACCUCGAACCAUGUUUGCCGCGCAAGCUUUCGCCGUUAUCUGGUUGUCCAUCGUCCAGAUUUGCACUUACAACUUCCUUAUUGGCAACAUUGACAAGAUAUGCACCGAUGAACAGCCACAGGGACUUAUCUGCCCUAAUGCGUUGACAUUCUAUAAUGCCAGUGUUAUUUGGGGUGUUAUUGGACCUAGGCGAGUCUUCGGUGCAGGGGGAAUUUUCGCCUGGAUCAAUUGGUUCUGGCUCAUUGGCUUCGUCAUGCCCGUACUACAAUACUUGAUCGCACGCCGCUACCCUCGUAGCUUUGUUCGCUUCGUCAUCUGGCCCGCCAUCUUCAGCGCCUGCGGCCUAGUUCCGCCAGCCACCUUGUAUUACAUGUUCCCCUGGGUAGUUGUUGGUGUCAUCUUCAAUGGCUGGAUUCGCAGACGAUAUUUCGGCUGGUGGGCUCAGUACAACUAUGUCCUGUCCGGUGCUUUAGACAUCGGCUCGCGACUUUGUGUCGUUAUUGUCGCGCUUGCUCUUGGUUUGAGUAACCGCGAUUUCCCAUCGUGGUGGGGAAAUACUGUGAUGAAUGAGACGAUGGAUCGCACUGGCAAGGCUGUGCAGAAACGGUUUAUUCCUAAUGUGACUGAGCCAAUUGGGCCAUCUCACUGGUAA